AUGACUAACAUGACUUUUACCAAGGGAAUUGGCACACCCGUGUAUAUGGCGCCUGAAGUCUUAAAUCAGGAAUACUACAAAAAACCAGCUGAUAUUUAUUCAUUUGCUAUUACUAUGUAUGAAACGUUUGGGUGGUGUGAGGCAUAUCCCGACGAUGAUUUUAACAAGAAGAAGGAAAA